UCUCAUCAUUCACACUCAGUUGCGUCUUCCUUUGCUCGACUUCUUCACUUCUCUUUCUCUCUCUAAUUAUACGAGAAGAGAAGAGAAAAAGCCAGCAGGGUUCUGAGCCCUUUCUCUUUGAGAUUUCCAUUUUCUUGAAAGAUACGAGAAUCAGUUUUGUGAAAUUCAACACACUUGCAAAACCAUGCAGAGUCAGAAAACGGUGUUCAAGCUGCAUUUGCACAGUGACAAGGAGAAGCAGAAGGCCAUGAGGAUAGCCUCUGGAUUUGCAGGGAUCGAGUCGAUUGACAUGAACAUGAAGGACCAGAAGCUGACGGUGGCCGGAGCUAUGGAUCCGGUGAAGCUAGCGGAGAAGCUGAGGAAGCAGUUUUCUGCGGAGAUAGUCUCGGUCGGACCGGCCAAAGAGCCUCCAAAGAAGGACGAAAGCAAGAAAGGCAAUCCGGACGAGAAGAAGGACGCUGACAAGAGCAAGCCGAAAGACCCAAAGCCUGAUCAGCCCAUACUCUACCCGUUUCCGCACGGUUUUUAUAGACCUUUUCCUCCACCAUACUCGUACUUCCCCGUGUAUCAUCACCCUCUUCCCCCGCCACCCAUGUACUCCUGUGGAGGAUACGUAAGCAUAGAAGAGGAUCCGAAUGGCUGCGUCAUCUGCUGACGGGACGUUUUGCUCAGAUCUUUUGCAUGGAAUAAGUAGAUUUGGCAGAAGAGAAGAGCUUGAAAUCUGGGUCAAGUCUCUGAUAACUAUUCUUUACCGCUUCAGCUAAAAAUUAUUACGGUUUAGAGUCCUUGCGUGUACAUAAGCAUAUCAAACUCUAGGCCUGAUUGUCCUUUGAUGUUUAACUAAGAAUUUUGAGUGUACUGUGAUUUUUCUCUAAGGAAUACCCUUUUCUCGUUGCAA